GAAUAUGAUUAUAUUUUGCUUAAAAGGAUUCAGCAACUGCGUAGCAAAAGGGAAUAUCCCAACCAGUUUGCCAUUUUGGUCCGAGAAAUUCCGUUUUGCCAAGAACACAAGGCUCGGGGGUGCUGCAUAGAACACUUCUUCACCAAGUAUCACCCGCAUUCUUAUCAAUCUUAUCAAAUUCUUUAUGAUGGAAAGGAACUUGACAAUUUGUUGAACAAGGCAAAGUCCACUGCGAAGAAGAUUGAGGAUCUAAAAGAGAAACAUUCAAAUAAGAAAUGUUGCCGAAGCUCUUUUUCGCUUGGUUCAUUUAGAGAGAAACAAAAGAUUGAAAAGCUCGAGAAAACGCUUCGUGAUCUCGGUUGCAAAAUAAGGCACGUGAGGCAUACCAUGAUGCUUCAAGAGAAGGUCACGUUGUGGUGCUGCUCUGGCUGCACAAUCUCAGCACCAUUCAAAUCCGUUACUAUGGAUCACCGAAAUGGCCCCUGAAGCAAGGGAUGUGAUUUGGGGAAACGUGGCAACUCCGUACCGGCAAUUGCCACUUUAUGAGAUUGGAAUACUCGGUGCAGUGGUCAUCCUCACACUUUUCUUUGCAAUACCAGUUGCAGCAGUUCAAGGAAUUGCCAAAUAUGAAAGAUUGCGAAAAUGGUUUCCUCCUGUUAAGGCCAUUGAGUUGGUUCCGGGGCUAAAGUCCGUGGUUACAGGAUACCUUCCGAGUGCCAUUCUUAAUGGGUUCAUUUACAUUGUUCCAUUUGCUAUGAUUGGGCUGUCAAGAUUAGGGGGAUGCAUCACAAGAAGCAAGCAAGAUAUGAAGACAUGCAAGAUGGUGUUCUAUUUUUUGGUGGCGAAUGUGUUCUUCUUAAGUUUGUUGUCGGGGUCCUUACUUGAUCAGAUCGGCGAGUCGUUCUCCCAACCCAAAUAUAUUCCUAGUCGCCUUGCUAGUGCUGUCUCUGCCCAAGCAGACUUCUUUUUGACAUACAUCUUGACGAAUGGCCUGUCGGGGUUUUCUUUGGAGAUUCUUCAACCUGGAUUGCUUGUUUGGGAUGCUAUAAAAUCAAACACAUGGGAUCGCGGGAGGGAAAGAACCCCAUAUCUCUAUUCUUUACCUUAUUAUCGGAUCAUUCCAUUCGUCGCUCUUUCUACACUCAUUGGCAUCGUAUACGCAGUCGUCUCGCCUAUGCUUCUUCCCUUUCUCACUGGCUACUUUCUGCUUGGCUAUGUCGUGUUCAUCCAUCAGAUCGAAGAUGUUUAUAUAACAUCAUAUGAGACGUUCGGGCAGUAUUGGCCAUACAUUCAUCACUACAUCAUUGUUGCACUCGUCCUCAUGCAAAUCACGAUGAUCGGUCUUUUCGGACUCAAGUCAAAGCCUUCGGCUUCCUUCUCCACUAUACCACUCCUCAUUCUCACUUUGAUCUUUAAUCACUACUGCAACAUCCGGUUUUACCCUACCUUUUGCCGUCUUUCCAUACAGGUAAUGGAUAACUUGCUUUAACGGGAACAUAUCUUUGUAUACCACAACGACCUAAUUGAAUCCCACAAGAGUAGGGUCUGGAGGGUAUUUACGCGGACCUUGCCCCUACUCGAAAGUAAAGAGAUGUUUGUAGAUAAAGUUUGCAUAAACUCACCCUAGACCCUACUUAGGGUUUGUUGUAUAUUCUGCUUUGAUUUUGAAACUCAUUAAAGGGUACUAAGUUUG